CCUCUUCCAGCAGGCAACACAACACAACGACAUCACAGGAAGAACCAACUAUCUACAUUACCACGUGAUACACGGAGAACCAUGCCGUCCUCCUCCCUCGCCUUCCUCAUGGCACUGCUGCUGCUCUCUUGUAGCACCACCAUGAGUAGCGCGGCACGGUACCUGGAGGAGGAGACCAAGCCUGCACCGCAUCCCACCACCACCACCGUGCCAGAGCUCCCCAAGCCUGAACUGCCUCCACACCCUACAGUGCCGGAGCUGCCCAAGCCCGAGCUACCACCACACCCUACGACUGUGCCGGAGUUGCCCAAGCCCGAACUGCCACCGCACCCUGCUGUGCCGGAGCUCCCAAAGCCUGAACUGCCGCACCCCGCUGUGCCGGAGGUUCCGAAGCCUGAGCUGCCGCACCCGGAGCCGGAGGUGCCAAAGCCUGAACUGCCGCCAAACCCCACCGUGCCAGAGGUGCCGGAGCACGUGCCGGUGGUGCCAAAGCAUGAGUUCCCGCCACUGCCCGAGCCGGAGCUGCCACCCAAGCCGGAGAGCCACUACCCGGCCGUACCAGAUGCCAAGCCAUGAUCGACCUACGAUCGACGUCAGUGUUGUUGUUUCAGGAAUAAAUAGUUGUUGUCCCAGUGUCUAUGUGUAUUGUAUGUUGUAGGAUCAGUAGCUAGUGUGACCUUCAGUGUUGUACGUUGUGCUGCAUGCUUUGAGAUGUACCUAUAUAUCUCUAUUGCCUUGAGUGUACAAUAUAUACAUGCAUGUAUAUUGAGAUUUGAGUCGGUUUCCUUCAAA